UCUGGGAAGAUGCUGGUCCAUGUCUGCAAAUAAUAAAAUCAUAAAGAAAUACAAAGAAAAGAAAAGAAAAAACACACCGCUUCCUCUCAAUCACACAAUAGCUUGGACGGACGGUCGCUACAUAUCGGAUGAAACAUCCCAGCCGCAAGGCCAGCACAUUUGCUCCAUCAGCCAGAAAGAUACAGAAGACCAUCUUUUGCUUGACCAAUCACAUUCCUCAUACAUGAGAUGAAGAUGAUGACCUGGCCUUUGUAUUAGCACAUUCCUUCGCAUUCAUUUUUGCCUUGGUAAAUUGACCAAAUUUGCCAAAAAUGUACGGAAGUUCACGUUCUGUGAGCAAAAUGGACAGUAAUCACAGUGCAGGUCGAAACAACCAGAGCAACUCGGGACGCUCGCCUAGACUGCCUCGGUCACCCAGAAUGGGCCACCGUCGCACCAACAGCAUGGGUGGAAGUGGAGGAGGUCCGGGCGGCUCUGGAGGCAAGACACUAUCCAUGGAAAACAUUCAAUCUCUCAAUGCUGCCUACGCCACUUCAGGUCCCAUGUACAUGAGCGACAACGAGGUCGCAAUUGGGACUUCAUCUGACCAUCCUAAGACUGUCGUAGCGACGGGUCGCUUUGGAGGUAGCAUACCCUAUGGAGUCCGAGGAACGGUUACGGGCAGCACACCUGACAUGGCAAUGGUGCCGGCAGUAUCAACUGACUCUAUGGGCUUUGGAGGCGAGAUCCAUGCAGCUUCAACCGUUCCUCACUCCCUGCGCCAGGCGAGAGACAACACCAUCAUGGAGCUCCAAGCCCAGCUCAAGGAGGUGCUAAGGGAAAACGAGCUUCUUCGGAAGGAGAUCGAGGUUAAGGAGAGUAAGCUCAGCUCCUCCAUGAGCUCCAUCAAAAGCUUCUGGAGCCCGGAGCUGAAGAAGGAACGUGCACUGCGAAAGGAUGAGGCGUCCAAAAUAUCUGUGUGGAAGGAGCAGUACCGCGCUGUGCAAGAUGAGACACAGCAUCUGCAGACAACGGUGCAGGCUCUGCAGGCCGAGUUGCGUAUCCAGCGUGACUUGAACCAGCUUCUCCAGCCGCCCGGGGAGCCUCUGGCCUGCGAGCCCAGCGAGGAGCAGGAACGUCAGGCUCGAGAGCUCUUCUUGCUCCGCCGUACGCUGGAGGAGAUGGAGGUGCGCAUGGAGGCCCAGCGGCAGACGCUCGUUGCUCGUGAUGACUCUGUCAAAAAGCUCCUGGAGAUGUUGCACAGCAAGGGCCCGUCAGCCAAAGCCAGUGAAGAAGAUCACGAGCGAACACGACGCCUGGCGGAUGCUGAGAUGCACGCACACCACCUAGAGAACCUGCUAGAACAGCGGGAUAAAGAGCUGGUGGCUCUCAGAGAGGAGCUGCACCGCCGCCUCGAGGGGACGCCAGAGACCACCAAAACCAAAGCUCUUCAGACUGUCAUCGAGAUGAAGGAUUCUCAGAUCGGUUCUCUGGAGCGGGGCCUCAGAGAGUUGGAGGACCAGGUGAUGAUGCUUCGCUCCAGUAGCAUGUUGAGCUGUGAAGAGCGGCAGGAGGAAGCCAAGCAGAUGGAAGUUUAUCGCAACCACACCAAGUUCAUGAAGAACAAGAUGGACCAAGUUAAGCAAGACCUUUCCAGAAAAGACACUCAGCUUCUUGGCUUGCAGACCAAGUUGGAAACCCUGACUAACCAGUUUUCUGACAGCAAACAGCAUAUUGAAGUGCUCAAAGAGUCUCUGACUGCCAAAGAGCAACGGGCUGCUAUUCUGCAGACAGAGGUGGAUGCUCUGAGGUUGCGUCUGGAGGAGAAGGAGACCACGUUAAACAAAAAGAGUAAGCAGAUUCAAGAAAUGUCUGAAGAAAAAAGCACACUCAAUGGGGAAAUACAUGAUCUGAAGGACAUGCUGGAGGUCAAAGAGCGUAAAGUCAACGUACUCCAGAAAAAAAUUGAAAACUUGCAGGAGCAGCUGAGGGAUAAAGAGAAACAGAUGAGCAGUCUGAGAGAGAGGGUUAAAUCCUUACAGACGGAUACCUCUAAUACAGACACAGCCCUGACCACACUGGAGGACUCACUGGCUGAGAAGGAACGUAUUAUUGAGCGUCUGAAGGAGCAACGUGACCGCGAGGAGCGAGAGAAAGCAGAAGAGCUGGACACCAGUAAAAAAGAGCUGAAGGAGUUAAAGGAGAAAGUCAGUCUGCUGCAGGGAGACCUGUCAGACCGAGAGACGUCUCUGCUGGACCUGAAAGAGCAUGCGUCGUCCCUGGCCUCGUCUGGCCUAAAGAAAGACUCCAAACUGAAGAGUCUAGAGAUCGCCCUUGAGCAGAGGAGAGAGGAGUGCAGUAAACUGGAGAAUCAGCUCAAGAAGGCCCAUAGUGCUGCAGUGAACGCGCAGGCCAAUGCUGAGAUUUCUGAGCGCAUUUCUUCGCUUGAAGCUGAUGUGUCCAGACAUAGAGAGGACUCGGCCAAAGCCCAGGCUGAAGUCGAUCGUCUACUGGACAUCCUCCGUCAGAUGGAGAAUGAGAAGAAUGACAAGGACAGAAAAAUCAGUGAGCUGGAGAGUGUGGCUUCCAGGCAAAUGAAAGAGCAGAGUAAGAAGUCUGGCAAACACAAGGAGCCGCCAGGAAAGGGCAGAAAUGUCAACGAUGGCCCACAGCAGGAGUCCCUGCGGCAGAAGGCAGAGCGUAUCGAGGAGCUGGAGGAGGCUCUCAGAGAAAGUGUUCAGAUCACUGCCGAAAGAGAGAUGGUACUGGCACAGGAGGAGGCCGCUCGCAACCACCAGGAGAAACAGAUGGAAGAGCUGCUCGGAGCGAUGGAGAAGGUGAAGUUGGAGCUCGAGUCCAUGAAGGCCAAGAUGUCGUCCACCCAACAGUCUCUGGCGGAGAAAGAAGCUCAUCUGACCACACUGAGGGCUGAGAGGAGGCGACACCUGGAGGAGGUGCUGGAGAUGAAACAAGAGGCUCUUCUGGCAGCCAUAAGUGAGAAGGAUGCUAACAUCGCCUUGUUGGAGCUCUCUUCAUCUAAAAAGAAGAAAACACAGGAGGAAGUGGCUCAGCUGCGGAGAGAGAAGGACCGUUUGGUGCAGCAGCUCAAACAGCAGACACAGAACCGCAUGAAGCUCAUGGCGGAUAAUUAUGAUGAUGGAUACUUGAAAACACCACCUGACCAGACCAAUCACAAACCUCCGAAAUCACCUGAUCAGGAUGAUGAGGAGGGCAUUUGGGCAUAGCCUCACUGGCAGCCAUUAUGUUUUAGAAGGAUAAGAUCUGGACGGAGAGUGACGGUGCGCAGGAGCUCUACACUGGCCACCUGAUUAUCCCAUUUAAUACCCAUAAACCCUUCUGACACAUUAACACAUCAUCAGCCCACAUCAUCACACCAGUAACCAGGACCCCACGGCCAGUGAAACACACACACACUUCACAGUGGGAUCCUGGGACGGUGAGUCAGUGUGGAACUGCAGUUUUUUGGACCUCCAGAACCAAACUGGCCAGCCAUAAUGGACCCUUCAGCCUCCUCCACUGUCUCUCUGCCCUCAUCCAAAAAAAUCCGGAGCCCUCAAAGAGCCUGCAAACCAUCCGCCGUCCUAAUACUGGCGCAGCACAGAAAAUAUGCAGUGUUAGUCGAGUCGUGAAUGCAACUUUAAUUUCGUUUUCUUGAUAUGUCAUUCAUGGUGGAGUAAAAACAGAUUUAGAAUGUUAACCUGAUCAAUGGG